UCUAGACGUGACAAAACAUGGAGAAUUAUAAAUUGCGGCGUAAUACAGUGAGACAGCAUUACCAUUUAGUCAUCCGCAGACAUACCCGAAAUAAAUAUAGAACAACGAAAACGAGAAAAGUAAAAAUAUUAAAAGGAAGUCAAGAUGUUUAUAUUUCAGUUACCAGAAGACAUGCUGUAUCUCAUCCUUUCCUAUUUGGAUUGCAAAUCUCUCUGCCGGUUUUCUCAAUCUUGCAAGAAAUUUCACUACUUCACUAACCGUGAUGUUGUCUGGAGAAGGAUAGCCAGAAAAUGCAUCAACAGUGGACUCACAAGAGAAGGAACGGAUAUCUACCCGCAGCUGGCGCUGAAGGACAGGGUGAAGUUCUCUCAGCACUGGCGUGACGGCCAGUGCCGGAAGGAGGUCCUGCUGAAGUGGAAGACAAACUUGUUGCCAUGGAUGCAGCUGGACGGGGACGUGCUGUAUCUGUCCCAGGCGGCUGACAUCGGGGUGCACUACCUGCGGGGGGGCGGGGGGGGCCCCAGGCGCAGGUCUGCGCUCCUCCGCACCGGCCACAGCCAGGACGUGUGCAGAUUCGUCCUGACGGACACCCACCUCAUCAGCGCCGGAGGGGAUGGUAAGAUAAUUAUCCAUCACAGGAGGAAUUCUUUCUGGACGGAGUGCUGUGGUCAUAAGCAGGAAGUGAACUGCAUGGACAGUAAAGGCGGGGUCAUCGUCAGCGGCUCCAGGGACAGAACCGCUCGGGUGUGGAGCCUUUCCCCAAGCCGACUCGGCGAAUGUUUGCACACCAUCCAGACGUUUGACAGGGUUUGGUCUGUAGCCAUAAGUCCAUCACAAAGCUUGUUUGUUACUGGCACGGCCUGCUGUGAGAGUGUGGCACCUCUGUGCAUCUGGGAGAUAGAAAGGGGCCAGAUGGUGUCCUGCCUGGGCACGGAGUUCCGGCGCGGCGCGGGGGUGCUGGACAUCGCCUUCGAGUCCCCCUUUCAGCUCCUCACCUGCGGCUACGACACCUUCAUCCGAUACUGGGACCUCCGAGUCACCUCCAGGAAGUGUGUCAUGCAGUGGGAGGAGCCUCACGAUAGUGCCCUGUACUGUAUCCAGACCGAUGGAAAUCACAUGAUUGCCAGUGGCUCCUCCUACUAUGGAGUAGUUCGUCUGUGGGAUAUGCGCCAGCCUUCCUGUUUGCAGAUGUUCUAUCUGUCGUCGGCCACGAGCAGCCCGGUGUACUGCCUCCGCUUCAACGCCUCUCACCUGUACAGCGCCCUCGCCACCUCCGUCUGCGCGCUGGACUUCAGAGGACCGGCGACAGGGGGGCUGAGAUGAUACCCCCCCCAGCCCACUCUGCCCCAGCCUCAGCACCCUCUAAUGCCCCCACUCUGCACCAGCCUCAGCGCCCUCAGACUCACCCCCUCUAAUGCCCCCACUCUGCCCCAGCCUCAGCACCCUCAGACUCACCCCCUCUAAUGCCCCCCCCCCGCCCCAGCCUCAGCACCCUCAGACUCACCCCCUCUAAUGCCCCCACGCUGCCCCAGCCUCAGCACCCUCAGACUCACCCCCCUCUAAUGCCCCCACUCUGCCCCAGCCUCAGCACCCUCAGACUCACCCCCUCUAAUGCCCCCACUCUGCCCCAGCCUCAGCACCCUCAGACUCACCCCCCCUAAUGCUCCCACUCUGCACCAGCCUCAGCACCCUCAGACUCACCCCCUCUAAUGCCCCCACUCUGCCCCAGCCUCAGCACCCUCAGACUCACCCCCUCUAAUGCCCCCACUCUGCCCCAGCCUCAGCACCCUCAGACUCACCCCCUCUAAUGCCCCCACUCUGCCCCAGCCUCAGUGCCCUCAGACUCACCCCCUCUAAUGCCCCCACGCUGCCCCAGCCUCAGCACCCUCAGACUCACCCCCCUCUAAUGCCCCCACACUGCCCCAGUCUCAGCACCCUCAGACUCACCCCCUCUAAUGCCCCCACACUGCCCCAGUCUCAGCACCCUCAGACUCACCCCCUCUAAUGCCCUCACUCUGCCCCAGCCUCAGCACCCUCAGACUCACCCCCUCUAAUGCCCCCACGCUGCCCCAGCACCCUCAGACUCACCCCCUCUAAUGCCCCCACGCUGCACCAGCCUCAGCACCCUCAGACUCACCCCCCUCUAAUGCCCCCACUCUGCCCCAGCCUCAGCACCCUCAGACUCACCCCCUCUAAUGCCCCCACUCUACCCCAGCCUCAGCACCCUCAGACUCACCCCCCUCUAAUGCCCCCACUCUGCCCCAGCCUCAGCACCCUCAGACUCACCCCCUCUAAUGCCCCCACGCUGCCCCAGCCUCAGCGCCCUCAGACUCACCCCCUCUAAUGCCCCCACUCUGCAGCAGCCUCAGCACCCUCAGACUCACCCCCUCUAAUGCCCCCACUCUGCAGCAGCCUCAGCACCCUCAGACUCACCCCCUCUAAUGCCCCCACUCUGCCCCAGCCUCAGCACCCUCAGACUCACCCCCUCUAAUGCCCCCACUCUGCAGCAGCCUCAGCACCCUCAGACUCACCCCCCCCCCACUCUGCACCAGCCUCAGCACCCUCAGACUCACCCCCUCUAAUGCCCCGUGUGCCACUGUAUCAGGGUGGGCCUCAGCAUGCGGCUUUGUAAAAGCUGCAUUCUUUACCAUUGCCGUGUCGUGUAGCAAUUAAACGGACUCUUUCUCUCGGUUUGAGCUCAGAAGAAGCCCAGAGUGUGUUUGUGCAUGCGUCUGGGAGCGGAGGACACAUCGUGGAUCUGAAACACAAUCUGCCACACGGACACAGCAGUGUGCUCCAUCCUGCAAAGGUUCCUUUCACCAGACUGUAAAUCACUCUCCUGCUCUGAAGGGGGAAAUAUAGGAAAUGGAUCAUAUUAAAGGACACUAGCCCUGAGAACAGCCCAUAAAUUACACUUACAGCACAGAGAAACGUGUUCAGUGUAAAAUAAACUGUGACACUGAGCAUGUUUGUCUCUCUGACACAGUACAUACUGUCUGUACUAUAUUCAUAUAAAUAGUGUUGGAGUUAAUUUAACACUGCUAGAGGUGACUGUAUCUGUUUAGCGAAUGCCAUGCAUAUCUCCCCAGAGCUUGGGGCUAGCGUUAAGUGUUUGGAAAUGAAUGCUCAGGUUUGGUUGUAGGCACAGCAUGGCUCUAAUAAGCUUGAAAUAUUUAGAUAUUAUUGUUUUAUUAUUUGAACCAAACAUUGUCCUGGAGUGUUUCGCUCUUGAGAAGCAAGCCACAGUGCCUUUAAAGAGUACUUCAUACACAAUGAGGUUAGUUUCAGGGCUAGGUUACAUUUUUGUGGGAUUUAUAUUGAUGUUCACCCAAUGUAAACUUUUCAUAUCUCUUUCUGUUUUGCUCAAAUGAAUCAGUGAAAGGUUUUGUAAUGGGGUUUAGGUUUUCUUUGGUUUUGACUUAUGAACUCUUGGAGUGUCAUCUGAAGACUUGUGUUUUUAUUUAUUUUUAUUUUCAGCCCCACAUCCCCCUUUUAUUCUUAUACAUUUCAUUUACAUUACAUAAAUUAUGCUUACAAAGCAGCGUAAAUCCAGUUCAUCAUCAUCAUGAGACAACGUUUUUAAAAAUAAAUCAAUGUUGCAACUGUU